AUGGUUAUGGAGAUCGUGGAACCAAACACUUGCAUUCGCGGGUGUUGCCACAGCCAAACAAUCCCUCUGCAUCUCCCUUCUUCUUCUUACUCUCUCUCUUCCCCAAUCGCCCGAGGUGCAGAGAGUGUGGUGUAUGAAGCCAUUCUCAACGGCCGGAAAGUCGCCGUGAAAAAGCCCGUACUCUCCACUUCCGAUGACUUGGAUAAAUUCCACAAGGAAUUGCAAUUACUCUGCAAGUUGGAUCAUCCGGGGAUCGCCAAGCUAGUGGCAGCGCAUGCCAAGCCUCCCAACUAUAUGUUUUUCUUCGAGUUCUACGAGCUCGGUAAUCUCGCUGCCCAGUUGCACGUGGAGGAAUGGAGUCCAAGCAUUCAUAAGGUGCUUGAUGUCUCGUCUAAGCUAGCAAAGGCUCUGCAAUAUCUGCACACCCUAGGGAUUGUCCACAGGGAUGUGAAACCUGCAAAUAUUCUACUUGACAGAAACCUUCAACCACAUCUAGCUGACUUUGGUUUGGCGGAGUACAAGAGAAAUCUUAAACAAGUUUCCAUUGAAAACUGGAAAUCAACUGGCAAGCCUACUGGUGGAUUCCACAAGAGGAAUAUGGUCGGCACACUUAUUUACAUGGCACCAGAAGUACUAAGGAAAGAGAUACAUACAGAAAAGUCUGACGUUUACAGUUUCGGAAUAUCUGUCAAUGAGCUUCUUACUGGUGUUGUGCCAUACACUGAUCUUCGUGCAGAGGCACAGGCUCAUACCGUGCUGGAGAUGAACUACACAGAGCAGCAACUUACUGCAGCUGUGGUAUCUGAAGGAUUGCGACCCGUUCUUGCUGGUCCUGAUUUGAGUGCACCUGCAAGUUUAGUUUCUCUGAUAAGUAGGUGCUGGGAUGCAGAUCCCCAAAGUAGGCCUUCAUUUGAUGAUAUUGUUAUGGAACUUGAUUCCAUUAUGGAACAUGGUAUUGGAGUCAGCAAUGGGGAAAACGCCUCAGCUAAAUCUUCUAUUUCUCAAGGUGUUCCACAGGGUACAAAUCCUCAAGGUUAUCAGGAGAGCAUUAAUUGGAAUACUCAGGGUGAAGAUUUUGCAAAGACUGUUUCUCUUACCCCUAAUUCUUGUGUGAGAACAUGGAAUGAUUCUGCAAAUGAUUCUUCAGUAUAUUCUCCAGUCCUAUCUUGGGGCUCCUUUGCAAGUUGUGGUAGAAGGGAAACGAUGGAGGAUAGACACUUCCUAAUGCCCAACAUGUGUGAUACACAGGAUAUCCAUUUUUUUGGAAUCUUUGAUGGCCAUCGAGGUGCAGCGGCUGCUGAGUUUUCAGCUGGAGCUCUACCUGGAAUUUUCAAAUCUCUUGGCUUGAUGGACAGCCCCUCGGAUGCCCUUAUUGAAACAUUCGUCCAGACUGAUAUUGCAUUCAGAAAUGAACUUAGUGCUCAUAAGAAGCGCAAGGGAGCUAUUCAAAAAGACAGCCAUCCUGGUUGCACUGCAAUUGCUGCUCUUAUAGUAAAAAACAAGCUUAUUGUUGCUAAUGCCGGUGAUUGCAAAACAAUCUUGUGUCGAGCUGGACAUCCCUAUGCUUUAAGUAGGGAUCAUGUUGCAAGUUGUCUUGAGGAGAGAGAGCGAGUCACCAGAGCAGGCAUCCAGGUCAAAUGGCAAGUUGACACAUGGAGGGUUGGCAAUGCAGCUCUUCAGGUCACCCGGUCAAUUGGUGAUGAUGAUCUGAAGCCAGCUGUAACUGCAGAACCCGAGAUUUCUGAAACUAUUCUGUCUGCUGAUGAUGAAUACAUUGUAAUGGCUAGCGAUGGGCUGUGGGAUGUUGUAAGCGAUGCGGAUGUGGUGAGCAUCAUCCGAGAUACUGUUAAAGAGCCAGGUAUGUGCUCUAAGAGAUUGGCAACAGAAGCAGCAGACCGAGGUAGCAAAGACAACAUAACAGUUAUCGUGGUGUUCUUGCGUCCGGUCUCCACUGCAGAAAGAAUUUAUUAGCUCAAAGCCAUAUCUGUUGUUUGGAUUUGAUUCAUUAAUCUAUGCUUCAUACUGCACGAGUAUCCACAUCUCACUAUUUCAAGUGUUGUAAUUUGUAAACUAGGUACGUCUACUUGUAUUCAUCUUGUGUCACUCAUACAUAAACUACGCAUUUGAUUAAGCCAAAACAAUAAUAAUAAUAAUUCAAAAUGGCUUCUUAUCGUUGUGAUCA